AUGAACAUGAUCCAGUGGACUCAUCUCCCCUUUGUACUCAUUAUUGCUUGUUCCAUCAAUGCUGAGAUCCUUAUAUCAGGCCAAAAAGAGGGACAUCUGAGGAAGAAAGAGGGACAGAGGGAUUUGGUUCCAAAUGAGUUGGGAGUCUUUUGCAGUAUCCAUCCUUUGGCAGAAAUAGAAGAUGCACUCCUGCGGAACCUUUUUACAGGUUAUCAGAAAUGGGUUAGACCUGUUGUAAACCCCAAUAAAACAAUAAAAGUGAAUUUUGGCUUGAAGAUAUCACAGCUCGUUGAUGUGGAUGAAAAGAAACAGUUGAUGACCACAAAUGUUUGGCUGAGACAGGAAUGGGUGGACCUAAAGUUAAGAUGGAAUCCUAAGGAUUAUGGUGGUAUUACAUACAUUAGAGUGCCUUCUGAGUCUUUGUGGCUUCCUGACAUUGUCUUGUUUGAAAAUGCAGAUGGACGUUUUGAAGGCUCUUUGAUGACAAAAGCAAUAAUAAAAUAUGAUGGAACAGUGAUAUGGACUCCUCCAGCCAGUUAUAAAAGUUCCUGCACUAUGGAUGUCACAUUUUUUUUUCCUUUUGAUCGCCAAAACUGUUCAAUGAAAUUUGGAUCAUGGACUUAUGAUGGCAAUAUGGUUGACCUCAUUCUUCUUGAUGCAAAUGUAGAUAGGAAGGACUUCUUUGAUAAUGGAGAAUGGGACAUUUUAAAUGCCACAGGUCUGAAAGGAAUGAGGAAAGAUGGGCUGUAUUCAUAUCCAUUCAUUACAUAUUCUUUUGUUUUGAGACGACUUCCCCUAUUUUACACUCUUUUUCUUAUAGUCCCUUGUCUGGGACUAUCCUUCUUAACCGUUCUUGUUUUCUAUCUGCCUUCUGAUGAAGGGGAGAAAUUGUCAUUGUCAACUUCUGUACUAGUCUCUCUUACAGUGUUCCUUCUUGUCAUCGAAGAAAUCAUUCCCUCCUCUUCAAAGGUAAUUCCCUUGAUUGGAGAAUAUCUUUUAUUCAUUAUGAUAUUUGUUACAUUGUCAAUAAUAGUGACUGUAUUUGUCAUUAAUGUCCACCACCGUUCCUCAGCAACAUAUCAUCCAAUGGCUCCCUGGGUGAAGGGCCUUUUCUUACAGAAACUUCCAAAGUUGUUGUGUAUGAAGGGACAUGUUGAUCGAUUUUCCUUCCUAGACUCUGAAAAUACUGCUAAUGAUGGAGAAAGGGUUCUAAUUGCUUUUCUGGAAAAGGCAUCAGACUCUAUAAAAUAUAUUUCGACACAUGUCAAAAAAGAACACUUCAUUAGACAAGUUGUACAAGAUUGGAAAUUCGUAGCUCAGGUUCUCGAUCGUAUCUUCCUCUGGCUCUUCCUUUCCGUCUCCAUUACUGGCUCAGUUCUUAUCUUCACCCCUGCAUUAAGGAUGUGGUUAAACAGCACCAAUGUCUAA